CAACGGCCCAGAGGUGUAAGCUUACCGCAGUACUCUUGUCACCGAGCGCAUAGGAGUUGGACGGCAUGGCACACGGACUCCUAACGCGCUCAGCUAGAGUGACUGCUAAGCUUGCAGCACGAGCCAGAUCAUUCGUUACUUCGCACCCCACGGUCUUCGUCGCCAGGAGCCCGUCGCCAACCCUGGUAACUCCAAUCGCUACCGCCCGCAUUGCACAUGCUUUCGCCGCCCCUCGUGGUCCCAUCGUCGCGCCCCGAGGCGUGCGCACAGCCGCGGCAUCCGCUGCAGCCAUGAAGCAGGUUGCGUUCGAGCCUGACACGCUGCCGUCGGUCGGCCUGGCCAGCUCAGCAUUGGACUCCUGGGAGGGGGACCUGCUGGUGCUGGCCGUCACAGAGGACGACUUCGUCACCGCGGACGAGGUCACCGCCGUCAGGUCGGAGGGGCUGCAGCAGCUGGAUGCCAAGCUGGGGGGGCAGCUGGCGGAGAUUGUUGCCUGGGGCGGCUUCGAUGGCAAGCAGGGCAGUCAGAGCCGUGUCGUGCGGUACACGGGUACCGGCAGUAAGGCCAAGCACGUGGCGAUGGUGGGUUUGGGCAAGGCAGCCAAGCUCACAGUGGCGACGGAGUGGGGCGUGUCACCGUUCCAGGCCCUGGGAGCUGCUGUGGCCGCCCUAGCCAAGGCCAACAAGGCAGAGAAGGUGGCGGUGGCGAUCACGACGCAGCCGGACCCGGCGGUGCGGGGGUCAGCGCUGACGCAGAUCACCACGGGCUCCCUGCUUGGUGGCUAUGAGAGCAGUCGCUUCAAGUCCAAGAAGAGUCCAACCGCAUCAAAGCUGACGUCACUGGAGGUCCUUAUGGACCUUGACGCCGCGGCGGCGGAGGCGGCGGUGGCUCGUGGCGUGGCAGCCGCGAGGGGAAACCUGCUGACCAGGUACCUGGUUGAGGCUCCUCCCAAUGUGUGUACUCCGACCCAUCUGGCGGAUGCAGCUGCACACAUCGCCGCCAAGUCACCGGAUGUGUUCACGCUCAAGGUGUACGAGAAGGAGGAAUGUGAGGCCAUGGGCAUGGGCUGCUAUCUGGGAGUGGCGGAGGCGAGCUUGGAGCCACCCAAGUUCAUCCACCUCAAGUACUCGCCCCCUGGUGGCACCACCAGCCGCAAGAUCGCCAUCGUGGGCAAGGGCCUGACCUUCGACAGCGGCGGCUACAAUCUCAAGGCGGGUCCCGGCUCCAUGAUUGAGCUGAUGAAGUUCGACAUGGGUGGUGCGGGAGCCACCCUGGGUGCCGCACGCAUCCUUGGAGAACUCAAGCCCUCCGACGUGGAGAUCCACUUCAUCAUCGCCUCCUGCGAGAACAUGGUCGCCGGGGCGGGUUUGCGUCCAGGAGACAUACUCACCGCUGCGAACGGCAAGACUGUGGAGGUGAACAACACGGAUGCGGAGGGCCGACUGACGCUUGCGGAUGCGAUGUGGUUCGCACAGGAGAAGUGCGGGGCUACCUCAAUGGUUGACAUCGCCACUUUGACGGGCGCUUGCAUAAUCGCACUGGGCACCUCCGUAGCCGGCCUAUUCACACCUUCGGACUCCCUGGCCGCCAGCCUUACCACCGCCUCCAAGGCCACAGGUGAGAAGAUCUGGCGGAUGCCCAUGGAGGAGGAGUAUUGGGAGUCCAUGAAGUCCCCGGUGGCGGACAUGAAGAACACGGGGACGCGCUACGGUGGCUCCAUCACGGCGGCGCUGUUUCUCAAGCAGUUCGUCAAGGAGAGGGUGGAGUGGGCGCACCUGGAUGUGGCGGGUCCGGUGUGGAACGAGAAACUGGGCCUGCCCACCGGUUUCGGAGCACAGCUGCUGGCGGAGUGGGCCAUGGCGCAAGCAGCAGCUCCCCCCGCGGAUAAGUGAGCCCCACAAUGGGAGUGAAGGAGAGCCUAACAGAGCACUGCGGGCAAGCAAGCCAGGCGCGUAUAUCCUGUAUGAACCACUUUCCAACCUAAUGUUGUGGUUAGGAGCGGGGAGGGUGUAAAGCGAUUUGGAGGUUUGUUCGCCUGCCUACGGCGCUCUAUUUCCCCAUCUCGGGAUGGAGGCCAGCUUAAAAGGCUGGACUCGCGAUAGCUACUGGAAGGAUCGUGUUCAAUCUAGACACCGUGCCAUACUUACAAAGCGGUGCGCUGCUGGCACCAACCAGGCUGCGGUCAGUAAAGCUGCAGGCAAUUGUCCAUGCUGGAGUCGUAGAGCAUACCCGGGAGGGUGUUGCGCAAUUUUGUAGGCUUCACAGCAAAUAUACUUCGUCGGACGUAGAUAUGGCAAUUCGUCUUGUUCAGUUCAUCCGAAGCCAGUGGGACAGGCCAGGGACCUGUGUACAUAAAUAGACCUCCUCAGCAGCACCUGCCGAUCCUUUUAUGAACAGACUGCUGUGUCGUCGAGCCACGAGGCAACGUAGCAGCAGCAUGCCACAGUACUGACGCUGACGCAACCACCGAAACCGUAACGACGAUACAUCAUCAAGCACGCAGAGCAUUCCGUAUUAUGUUUCGCGACGUUUGCACAGUCAAAAGUUCAAAAUAGGAAAAACAAGACUAAAUCACACAUAUUAUCGUGUCAAAAUAUGACAAAUCCGGCAUAGUACACCACUACCGCAUCGCCGCAGUGGUAGAUCCGUCAGCACCUGCCACCGCUACUCUGUGGCCCCGCACCUGCACCACUGGCACCGCCUCAAGGAGACAGACACCAGAACAGCGCCACACCAACCCUUGACCUUGUUGCCCACCGCCACGCCAACACCCAGCACAAUCUCUUCAUAGUCGCACGCAUGGUCCCCAUGGCCCCCUUCCCUCCAUGGCCUCCACUGGGCUAGCUCGACCCUCCCUGAUUAGAACCCCCUCGCCACCUCGACAACCGUUUAGGUGGUGUACUCGGCGUUGAUCUUGACAUAAUCGUACGAUAGGUCGCAGCCCCAGGCCAUGCCCUUGCCGUUCCCCUUGCCAACCGUAACAAAGAUCUGUACGGUGCCGUGUACGGCGCACGUGUCCUUCAGAUAUUUAUUGGCUGCCGCCUUGUCAAAGGGCAGCGGCUGGCCCGCCUCCAUCAGCUUCAUACUGCCCAGCUGCACGCCGAGAUCGCUUUGGUCG